AUGUCUCGUGUUGAAGCUAAAAAGCCUUCAUUAUGUAUUAGUGAACCUUUAACUAAAGAUACAGUUCAUCAGUCACUAUCUGUGCUAAGUGAUGUAUUGAAAUCUUGCUAUGGUCCUGCUGGUAGGCUUAAACAGCUCCACAAUGGUAUGGGAGGCUAUGUUUGCACAACUUCACAAUCUUCAGCUGUACUCCGUUGUCUUUCUGUCAGUCAUCCUGUGUUAAAGGUUUUGACAGCCUCUGUACAGAAUCAUAUAACCCGCUUCAGUGAUUGUGGCUUAUUUACUGCCAUUCUUUGCUGUAGUUUGAUUGAAAACUUUAAAAGCAUAAACUUUUUGUCUCAUACUGUUAUUAAAAUAAGCAAACAUCUUUUGAGCUUAUGUACUGACUACCUCAAAUCUGAGGCCUGUGGUUGUCGAGUAUCUGUGGAUUUCAGUAAUCUUGAGACUGUCUUUUGUUUGGUACGUAGCAUAUUAACAAGCAAACCUGCUUGCAUGCUUAGUAAAACAGAAGUUGAUCAUCUCACUACCCUGAUUGUAAAGGCUUUUUUACUUACUGUUCCAUGUCACGUUGAAACUAAUGCUGUUUUAGGAAAGUGUGUAAUAGUGCCUGUGAAAGGUAGAAGAGUUGUAGAUUCUACAGUUUUUCCUGGACUACUGCUAGAAAUACCGGAAAAUCAGUUGGCAAAAUCACUAUCUGUCAAAAGAACUUCUUCAAACAUCAUCAAGAUAGCACUUUUUUGUGUGUCUAUGUCAGGAGACUCUUUCAGUCCUGAAGAAGGAAGUAUAACAGUCCAUCACGGAAUUUCUCUAGAAAUGUCAGAACUGGAUCAGUUACUUAAUGUAGGAAAGCAGUUGCUUAAUGAUGAGAUUGGCCUUGUAGUGUGCCAGAAAGUUAUUCAUCCGUCCUUGAAACAGUAUCUGAAAGAGAAUCAUAUUGUCACUGUAGACAGAGUUGGACUACCUAUGAUGGAGCCCCUGAGUCAAAUGACAGGUUCAAAGCCUAUAGCUUCCAUAUAUUCUUUCUCUCCCAGUUGUUAUGGCAGUUUGAAGGAUGUACGCACUGAGAGUUUUGCCUCAAAACACUUUGUGCAUCUAAUUCCUAAUGACACACUUGUCUGCAGCUUGAUGCUCUGUAACAGAAAUGACACCACAUGGGAUGAAUUGAAGCGUGCCUAUGAAACUGCAGAACAUGUGUUACAGUUAACCAUCAAGGAACCUUUGGCCCUGUUAGGAGGUGGCUGUACAGAAACUCACUUGGCUUCGUACAUAAGACACAAGAGUUGUAAUCUGUCAACUAGCAGUUUUAAAGAUAUAGAGUGUUCUCAGACACAAUACCAAUUGGUUGCUGAUGCUUUUUGCCGCUCACUGGAGUCUGUAGCUUGCUCACUGAAUCAUGAUGAUGGAGACAUUUUUACAGACAUGGUUUAUGGGCACUGUUGGUUUGUUCCAUCAGGUUUUUCUUCCGUCUCCAGCUGGUCAGAUUUAAUUUCAAAAUGUGGCUGUGGGAUUAACAAUAACACUUCAAAUCUCAAUUGGAGGGUUUUGCAAAGCCAGUUUAGCUCUCCUGUUCUACAGAGCUGCCCUAAAGAGUCUUCAGUAAAAGCUACUGACUUUCUGAUACUGGACUGUUUCGCUGCAAAAUGUAGUGGCUUACAAGUAGCUGUGGAGACAGCCAAUUUGAUCUUAGAUAUUUCAUGCAUAAUUGAAGAUCAAAAUUAGUCUGUUAUGUGAACUGUACUGCACAGCAAGCUACUUACUUGAAAGCAUGGUAAUUCAUAACACGUUAAGAUACACUUACGAACAGUCAGAGUAUGUACAACAGACAAAUUUUAAACAUUGUUGGCAGUUAAGUGCUUUUCUGAUUCUUAAUCUACUUUGCCUUGUAGCCUUUUCAAAUAUUUCUUUUGUUUGAAACUGCUGAAUGAUUAGCCAAGUAUAUAGUGAAUCAUAGUAACGUGAUAGAGUAGUCCAAGUAGUGUAUUCAGACCAGUGAAUGACACUUCAAAAAUUAUGAAUUUCUUACAUGCUUGCAGGAGAUUUGAAUGUUCUCUUUCAAUAUAUUAAUACUGAAUUUAAGGUGAUCCACUUAACAUUCUCCAUAUAUUAUGCAAGUGUUGAAUGUCUUAGCUCUGGUCUCUUCUGAGGAAUGCGGAAAAUUUUAUUGAGUUGAUGAGGAAACAUACGUUAAGGAUUAGACUUUAUAUAGUCUCAACGAAAGCUUUACACAUUCAAACACGCUAUUGUAUUGCAGCAAGAUAUUUAUCAUUGGUAGUUUUAGUUUCGUGAGUAAAAAAUGAGUGAAGUCCUUGGCAGAUACCAUGAGCCACUUUUCUUAUUUUCAAAUUUUGUUCUGAAGAUCUUGUAACUUUAUACAUUUCCUGUUCCUUAAUUGCUGCAAGAUUUUUCCAAUCGUAUAAGUAACUUAACAAGGUACUAAAAUUUAACCUCAAGAUCUUAAGGUAGCAGGUAAUGGAAGACUUGAAAAGAAAUGGCAGACUGAUUGUGGGGGAAGGGAGAAGACUUUUGUACAGUGAAAUUUCACUGCUUUCUGUGGAAUACAUGGCAGUUUGUAAAUAACGAUGUUUUUAUUUUUAGCAAAGGUGCAAGUAAGAAUGUUCUGCUUUCAAGGAACUGAAUGUACUGAAUGGUCUGUACGUAGCUUUUCUUCUAAUGCAAUAAGGCUUUAAGCUGCUGUGGCUUGUUCUGAUCUUUAAAUAAAGCUGUAGACUGAAA